AUGGAUCAAAGUAAUCACACAUUUGUGUCAGAAUUUCUUCUUUUGGGUUUUUCUGGGUAUCCAAAGACUGAAAUCAUCUAUUUUGUUCUGGUCCUGGUGAUGUACCUCGUGAUUCUAAUUGGUAAUGGUGUUCUGAUCGUAGCAUGCAUCUUGGACUCCCGUCUUCACACUCCCAUGUACUUCUUUCUGGGAAACCUCUCUUUACUCAAUAUCUGCUAUACAACUUCCUCUGUUCCCUCAACACUGGUGAGCUUAAUCUCCAAGAAAAGAAACAUUUCCUUCUCUGGAUGCACAGUGCAGAUGUUCUUUGGAUUUGCAAUGGGAUCAACCGAAUGCUUGCUUCUGGGCAUGAUGGCUUUUGAUCGUUAUGUGGCCAUCUGCAAUCCUCUGAGAUACCCCAUCAUCAUGAGCAGAGAGGUGUAUGUAGUGAUGGCUUCUGUGUCAUGGCUCUGUGGUGGAACCAAUUCAGUUGUGCAAACGUCUCUUGCCAUGCGAUUGCCUUUCUGUGGGAAUAAUAUUAUCAAUCAUUUUACUUGUGAGGUCUUAGCUGUCCUCAAGCUAGCUUGUGCUGACAUAUUCCUCAAUGUUAUUACCAUGAUGAUAUCAAACAUGGCCUUUCUGGUUCUUCCACUGUUGGUCAUUUUUUUCUCCUAUAUGUUCAUUCUGUUCACUAUCUUGAGAAUGAACACAGCCACAGGGAGACGUAAGGCCUUUUCUACCUGCUCAGCUCAUCUGACUGUUGUGAUCAUAUUUUACGGUACUAUCUUCUCUAUGUAUGCAAAACCCAAGUCUCAAGACCCAACUGGGGAAGAAAAGUUUCAAACUGCAGAUAAGCUCAUUUCUUUAUUUUAUGGAGUUGUGACUCCCAUGUUGAAUCCUAUAAUCUAUAGCUUGAGGAAUAAUGAUGUCAAAGCUGCUAUAAAAUAUAUACUGAAACAAAAACUCUUCUUAAGAAAAAUAUUAGCAAUCAGAAUAUUUUAUCAUUCCUCUCUAUUUGUGGAAAGGAGUUUUAAUUACUUCACACUUUUGUGA